CUUGAGGCCAAAGGUUGGUCUACUGCUAAAGCUGACGUCGGCUUAUUUCCCAAAAUGGCGACGCGGACAUCAGACAUACAAACGAGCCGGGGUAGUUCUACGUUAUUAUCCAAUAAACGGACCGUAAGCAUGGCUCAAACAAAAUCCAGACUGUUGGGAAACAAUUGUAUUUUCUUCUUAACAAUAUCGUCUAUGAUGCACAUGGCAUUGGCUGACGGAAAGACACUCGUUUUGUUGGACAACCUCAACAUCAGAGACACCCAUUCAAUCUUCUUCCGCAGUCUGGCAGAUCGUGGUUUUGACCUUUCAUUCAAGACUGCAGAUGAUCCGUCACUUUCCCUGAUCAAAUAUGGCCAAUUUCUCUAUGACCACCUCAUCAUCUUCUCCCCAUCUGUGGAAGACUUUGGUGGCAACAUCAAUGUUGAGACCAUCACAUCAUUCAUUGAUGGUGGAGGCAAUGUCCUGGUGGCUGCUGGCUCUGAUAUUGGUGACCCUCUUAGAGAGCUGGGCAGUGAAUGCGGGAUUGAGUUUGAUGAGGAGAAGACUGCUGUAAUUGACCAUCACCAUUACGAUGUGUCGGACCCUGGUGAGCAUACCUUGAUUGUUGCUGAUCCAGAGAAUCUGCUGAAGGCUCCCACUAUUGUUGGGAACCCCAAUGACAAACCCAUCCUCUUCAAGGGUGUUGGCAUGGUGGCAGACCCAGAUAACCCCCUGGUCCUGGACAUCCUGACUGGCUCCUCCACCUCCUACUCCUACUUCCCUGACAGACCCAUCUCUCAGUACCCCCAUGCUGUUGGAAAGAACACUCUUCUGAUUGCUGGACUCCAGGCCAGGAACAAUGCUCGUGUGGUAUUCAGCGGCUCACUGUACUUUUUCAGUGACGCCUUCUUCAACUCAGCUGUGCAGAAGGCCACACCUGGCUCCCAGAGGUACGCUCAGACUGGGAACAUGGAGUUAGCUGAGGCUCUGUCCCAAUGGGUGUUCAAGGAGGCCGGUGUACUCCGGGUGGGAGCUGUUACCCAUCAUCCUGUGGGCGAGAGCACCCCUCCUGCAGCCUACACCAUCACAGACCUUGUGGAGUACAGCGUUGUUAUUGAGAUGCUGUCCAAGGGCAGCUGGGUUCCCUUUGACGGGAAAGACAUCCAGCUGGAGUUUGUGAGAAUCGACCCCUUCGUCAGGACCUACCUCAAGAAAAAUGGAGAUAAAUACAGCGUCCAGUUUAAGUUGCCUGACGUGUAUGGAGUGUUCCAGUUCAAGGUGGACUAUAACAGGCUAGGCUACACACACCUGUACUCCUCCACUCAGGUGUCGGUGCGACCCCUGCAGCACACCCAGUAUGAGCGCUUCAUCCCCUCCGCGUUUCCUUACUACGCCAGUGUCUUCUCUAUGAUGGGAGGACUCUUUGUCUUCAGCAUAGUCUUCCUUCACAUGAAAGAAAAGGAGAAGUCAGACUAGGGUGAUAAGUGUAUUAAAUUGGGAGGGAGGGCUGGUAGAUAAUGGGGUGAAGGUUCUUGGUUGCUUAAAUUGUCUGUCAGCCUGCAAAAAGAUUUGACAGUUAAAAUUGUUGCUUCUAUAUUGGUUGUGGGGGCAUUUAAUUAUGGCUUUGCAGGCCAACUUACUCAGCUUUUGUACUAAAAAAACCCCAAACUUUCAUGUAUAAAAUAAUCACUCAAUUGAUCUGUGAGCAUUCUAAAAUUCAGUUGGGAAUUGUUGCUUCAAGAUCUCAAUAUCAGGUGGAGCACUUGUUUGGAAACAUUCUAUGAAUUAUUCCCCCCCCCCCACCCCCACCCACUUGUAUGAGGAUAAAAACAUCUUGAUGUGGAAGUGCACUGAAUAUUUUAGUUGUGUCUGAUAAAAUCUGUUUCUAGGGUAAGCCUAACAUGUUUUCAACUACAAGGAAGUUAAAGUCCUUGAAAGCUACAAUAAAAUGUUGCCAUGA